CUGCAUAAAACACUUUCUAACCUUUUAUUGUUCCUUGAGGUUGGAAACUAUUGUCUUAAAUUAUUCCCGUGUGCUUGAAACCGGUUGUAUGAAGGCAGAGUAAAUAUUUCACAGGAAUUGGACUUUCAGGAAGUGCUCCUCCUUAAGUAUAAAAAGAAACAGAGCUGAAGCUGCAGACCACAAAGACUGCAGAGGAAACCCAGUGUGAAAUCUACAGCGUCCCGCUGCUUCGCUGAAACAAACAACAAGAGAAAAUGUUUGCAGCUGAAACCAAAGCGUUGGUCAGAUCUCUGGGCGCCAGGGACAAUCUCAUUGCCAACAAAAAUUUAAAUCACCAAGUGGAACUUCUGACGUUGGUCAGAAUCAGGAUGGGAUAUUUUUGGGAGUUUCCAAACUACAAGCUGUUUAAUUACACCCUACCUGGUCUCAUGAAGGAGGACGGUUUUUCACCAGAGGCUGAGGAUAAGGUCUUGGUGGAGGACUUCAAGACCUGGAUAGAAACUGGCAGGAGCGGCAAAGUGAGUGGAGGUCAUGAAGUGUCCGGUAAUGCUGAAGUCUCUGCCAGCUGUGACGUCGUGGACGGUCUACUGGAACCUGUCAGCAUCAGGAUUAAGAAAGCUAACCUGGCAGCUGUGAGGAACAAAUUCUCUGGAAGGACGAUUAAAAAAGAUGUGUUAAAGCUGCUGAAACUGAAGGAGAAUGAUAAACUGGCGUUCGUGUAUGAAACGGCUUACAACACCGGACCCGUGAAGAUGAUCAGAAAAGAAAACCAGAAAGGAAGCAUCUCAGGAUCCCUUCAAAAAAUGGCCACUGUCUGUCUGUCGGCCAACAGGAAGCAGGACACCAACUACACAGUGAGAGAAAAUUCCACCUUUGCUUACAGCCUAGUGGAGAUCCUCCUGGAGGAUGGGAGGAUGGAAAUCGCGUUGGAAACCUGGACUCACAAACGCAAAGGUCUGACCAGCGAUGCCCUGAGCUCUGAGCGCAUGGAAGAAGUCAGAGAUAUGAUAGAGAUGAAGGAACCUCUUCUACAACCGCUUGAAGCUCUUCCUGCAUCGACUCGUGUUGAUCUGCUCAAACAGCUCAGACAGGUUCUAGAGGAAGGAGAUGCUCUGGGCGAGCUGAAGGAGGCGCUGGAACAGAGCAGCAAAGGACCCUAUGAGCGUCCUGAGUCACAGGCCGUCUCGUCCUUUAUGGACGUCCUGGACAAAUCCAAAGUGUCCACCAAGGUGAAGGAUGCGGCUUUCUUGCUGGUGAACGCCAUGGAAGCUCUUCCAGAGGAAAUGCUGCGACCUUUGACCUCCUGUGGUCCUGAGACUUUAACAGUCCUCAGCCAGCUGGUUCGUCCGCUCUCACCCAAACAACCUCACAUUUCCUACGUCUUGUCCUCUGAUCCUCCACAGAUUUAUCAUUAAUCCAGAUAAAAACAC